UCGCUGUCCGGUUGUCGGCAUCGUACCACUCAGUCGCUGUAGGCCGGUCCACACCGCUCAGUCACGCCAUCGUAUAAUAAUAUAUUAUCGCGUUAUUAUCGUAAUAACGCGAUAUCGUCGCGGACGUACCAAUAACGAACGAUUUAUUCUAUAUUUUCUCAAACCGUUUCGCGUGUUAUUGGAUAUAAAAACGCGUUUCUCGUUUAAUACACCAAUGCCCGCGGCGUGCACUCGUUAUAACAUAUCGUUCACCGCAAUCGGUUCGGUCUCGGUUUUUAGUCUCUUAUAACACAUUGUUACACCGUUCCGGCGUGUCCCGCGAAAACGACGAGCGGCCUCAACCUCGAGCGGCCGUACGCCUAUAAAGUCCGAGUGUCCGUCUCCGUGCCGUCGCCAUGGCCGUGCUGGUCGGAGGCCGCGACAACGUGGUGUCCAUAUCGGCGGCCGAGUCGCUGAAAAUGUUGGCGUUCUCCGUGGUCUGGGGCUCGUGGGUCGUCGUCAAGAACGCGGCCGCUCGGGCCGUAAGCCCGCUGUGGUCCAACUGCGGCGGCGGCGGCGGCCACAGGAACGACGUCGACGGUGACGGCGGACGAACGGGUGUCGGCGCGGACGACGACGACGCCGUCGCCACUGCAGCGACCGCCGUAGCCGUUGCCGGUGGCCCGGCCGCCCGCCGAGCGCCCAGGGACCGUCCGCCGCCGUGUCUGUCCACCACGGUUUACGGUACCCACUCGUACGUCAAAGUCAAGGGCGUGAAAUUUCAUUACGUUGAAUGCGGCGACCCUAAAGGAAUGAUUGUUCUUUUACUACACGGAUUUCCAUCAUGUUGGAUUAGUUGGCAUCAUCAAAUUCCCACCUUGUCGAAACAUUUUCGUGUGAUUGCUGUAGACUUAAAAGGCUUUGGUGACUCUGAUAAACCGUCAGCACGUAAAAGUUAUCGAGUGGAAAAUCUGGUCAACGAGCUAGCAGUGUUUUUGUCAAUGCUAGGAGUGGACAACAAUAAUAAAUGCCACGUGAUUGGCCACGACUUGGGCGCUCUACUGGGUUGGUAUCUGGUGCAUCUGUGGCCAAACUGUGUCUCAAAAUUUGUAGCCAUUUCAUGUCCACAUCCUAAUGUCCAUUGGGAGUACUUACCUCCGUCAAGUUUCUUUAAUAAAAACUGGAUUUGCUUCAGUCAACUUCCUUAUUUACCAGAAAUGGAUGCUUUGCAAAGUGAUCUCAAAAUAAUCAACCAGUGUUAUCAACACCUAUCUAAAACUAAGCAAAGCGACGACUUGUCCUAUAUUGAUGCAUAUAAAUAUACAUUUUCAAGAACAGAGGAUUGGACGGGUGCAAUAAACUAUUUUCGAAACUUACCGUUCUACAGAAUUGAGCCUCGGAAUAGCAAUGAUUCUUUAAAUAAAGAAGAAGACAUGCUACAAGUUCCGUGUCUGCUCAUCACUGGUAGUAAAGACGUAAGUGUGCAAAUGGAGAGUUUUAUCAAGUCCACAGAGUUUCUUAAAACAUCAACUGUGAGAAUAAUUGAUAACGCAUCGCAUUUUCCUCAUCAAGAGCAACCUAAAGUAGUUAAUGAUCUAUUGACAUCAUAUUUAAUUCGCGUAAAAGUAGUUCAAAAAGAACUUCCACGACAGAAUUCUAGUGGCAUAGUUGGACGAAUGAAGGAUAUUGUUUCGUCUACAGUUCAGUACGGAAAUACAUUGAAAGACUCGGUGCAAAAGAGAAACAUUUUACCAACCACAGUAAUGACAUCAUGGCAGAAUUAAUCUUCUUGCAUCAAAAACAACAAUGCCCAUAUUGCUGUAAAUGUAUUUAUUGUAUUGCAAUAAUGAUAACAUUAAGAUCAAUGCUAUUAUGUAUUAUACUUAUUAUACUUAUCUAUUGUUUACUAAUAUAAUAAUUUCAAAAACUUUUUAAAUGGUAGGUACAGUAUUAUAGUAUACACGCGUGUUACGCAUUUACCUAUAUUAUAAUGAUGAUGGGCGAUAAAAUCUUUCACAUCACAUAUGUACAUCUAGAACUUAUAAUUACUUUUAUCUAUAGUGCAAAUAUUGUAAAUUAUUAAUAAGCUAAAUUUAAAUUAAUACAAAUUAUAAUAUAAUUGUGAGCAACCUAACUAAGCUUCAACAAUUACAGCUCAUUAUAAGUUAUAUAUGUAUUGAAUUCACAAAUGUUUUUUAAAGUUUAUUUUGUUAUAAAACCUGAGAAUUAAUUUAUUAAUAUAUCUAUUGUAUACUG